AUGGAGGCCAAGUCUUGGAGGUGCAGUACGUGCCACCAACAGAACAAGUUGUCACAAAACUAUUGUGGCAAGUGCGGACAUCACUGGCAGGAGGCCAUUGGGGCCACGGCCAGUUAUUGGACGCCUCAGACACCCGCCCCGUGGAGAGGAGACAGAGUAGACAACACGGGACGACACGGAGCUUCCCCGCGGCGCAGGGCACCGAAGUCACCCCGGCGCCCAGGCAAAGGAGCUGGACAGCACGUGACAGAGUCGGUUGCGGGGCCGGCAAAAGGCAAGAGCAAGAUGACAGGAAAGGGUGCGGUCGAGGAAGCCAAGCAGCCACCGUCACUUGCAGCACUGCCCGAGCCGCCAACGACGACCAUAGCAGUGCCGCCAAGAAGCGGGCUACCAGCAACACCGCCAACCAGCAGUACGACCUCGGAGCGCAAGCUGUUGGAGGCACUGGUGGCGCACAUGGGCCCCACCACGGAGCUACCGCCAGAGUUGGCUCAGCAGUUAGAGCACUACCGUGUCGAAGACGAGAAAGCGCAGAGCCGCGAGCUACACAGAAUCGUGGCCAGGCAAGCAGAAGCGAAGCGGGAGCUUGGCAAACUGCGCACAGAAAGAGCCACCUUCUGUACAGGAUGGAACCAGUACAUACAGGACCUUCUGGGGUUGGUGGCGCAACAGACGGAAGAACGUGCACAAGCCCUACAGGCCUACGACGCUGCCGAAGAGAAAUGGACGCAACGCUUUGUGGAAACUUCGAAGCAGCUUGCCAGACUUGCUGCCAACAAGGCAGCGCCGGAUGGUGUGAUAGACCUCGAAACCGAAGAGGACGCCAUGGAAGUAUCAGAAGCAGCUGUGGCAGAUGCAGCAGAAGAGGAAUCCAAACGCAUUGCCGCCAGGGAGGCGCGGCAAACGGCGCUGGAGAAGCAACAAGCGACUCUGGUGCAGGCCCUUCAUGCUGCCAAGGAAAUUACAGCUGGCGCGGAAAGGGAAAGGACCCCCCGACGACGAGGACACGAAGGCAAGGAGCCCGAGAUGAGCAAGGGCGCCGAGGAUGCCAAGUCAGUCCCCAGCUAA